AUGCGUGUCACACAAGGAGGGUUUGUCGAGCUUUACCACCACGAUGUCAACGCCACAGGGUUGUUCAGCUCAAGCGUCGACAGCGAGGAAGAGGGGAGAAAGGAAAAGGUGGAAAAUAUGCGGGCUACAACCCCCGUUAACUGUGGAUCCUCCAUAGACAAUGAGGAAGGCGCGGAAGAUAGCUGUUUGGUUCUUCGGUCUCGUCAACAAACGGCUAAGCUUCAUGGGGAUCACGUGCAGGAAGAGGGAGAUGAGUUGUAUCCCUCUACAGGCAGCUUUUCUUGUACUACAGGUACCUCGUCGUCCAUAGCCCUCGCGGGUAAGCUAGAGGACCUCGGCGAAGUGUAUGAUUGGGAAGAUAUAAAUGAUCGAAUUGGCGAGUGCGGCGAGAAUGAGAUGAUUUUAGUCUUCUCAGUGUAA